UAAAAGAAAGUGUUUAUUUUAUUUAAAAAUGUAUAAACGGCAUCAAAAACCACAAAGGAAAUAAUCACUUGUUGAACUAUCAACUAACUUUAGGACUGAGUAUGAGUAUUGAGUACUGAUGUAUUUUGGUUAAUAUUCCAGUUUAAUCUUGUUUCAAACAUGUCGUGACAUGUAAACUAACCCACAGACACAGCAGCUCUGUGUUGACCAGGGAUUUUUGUGUCGUUUACUCACCAUAAUUGACACGAGCAUCAGGCCACGGAGUUCCCCUGCCUUCGUGUUGCUUCAUCCGCGUUACGGAAACGUUUCUGGUAAGACACGAGUCACAUUUAGAGUCAUUCAUUUGAUUUAUAUCGGUUUUUGAUAAAAAUAUGUUGUGAUUAUAUGCGUUUACUGAUAUCUGUAGCUGUCAAAAUGUCAUAAUUCAUCUUUUGAUCAUCACUGAGUGGUUGUUAUGAAGCUGUUUUGGCCGUUGUCCAGCGUUUAAGGAAUCUGCUUUUAAUGUUUAAUUACAGUCACUAGUAUUUAAUUAGCUUGAAAGGAAAAUCACCUUUCCUUACAGUGAAAUGUAAAAACGAAAGUCAGUUAAAGGUUUUACACGGAGACAGUGUUUGUUGUUUAAAACUCAACAAAAACUACGAAAAAUAAAUGAUUUAAGUAUAUAAAUUUAGCGCGUAAAGUGUAUAAAUCUGUGUUUUAGUUUCAGUUUAUCAUCAUUUUUCACAUUAGCUUCUUAAUUAAAGGACCACUGUAGAAUAUUUAGGUUUAAUCCAUUUAAUAUAAAAAGUCUUUCAUGUAUACUGUAUAGGUUUAAAGGGACUUGUGCCGCAAUGUCUCUACAGAAGCCCAAAUGGACAAAUCAACCAUUUCUGGUACACGAAGGCCGCGGCUGUCGGGAGCGAUGGUGGCUUAAGUGUCUUUUCACAGAUCAAGUUUUUCCUUGGAUUUCAAUCAAAGAAGAAGAAGAGGAAGUAAAAGAAGAAGAAGGAGGAGAAGGAGGACAAGUGGCUGUAAUCCCACUCUUGUGAAUAAGAGAAACCCUGUGGAUAUAAGGGAGCUCCUGUGACCGCAGUAGGGCUGGAUUCUCCCUGGUGUCAGACCUCCUGCGCCGGGUACAAGUCCUGCCUCCACCCGUCGUCACCCCUCCUGCCCCAGACCGAGUGCGACGCAGCCCACAGAUGUGUCCGGCAGCCCCUGAUGCUCGGCAGUGCUCUGGGACAUUCUGGUCGGUGGGAGAGGCUGGAGCCGCGGCCGCGCUCUAGGAUGCUGCGCCAGGUGUUGCACGCGGGCCUGAGGACCUCCUUCCACGCGCUGGGCCGCUUCGUGGCGAGCCACCCGGUGUUCUUCUCCUCGGCGCCCGUGCUCCUGUCCAUCCUGCUCGGCGCUAGCUUCAGCAGGUACCGCGUGGAGGAGGACGUGGAGAGCCUGCUUGCACCCAAGCACAGCCUGGCCAAGAUAGAGGGAAACCUGGUGGACAGCCUGUUCCCAGUGAACCGCUCCAAGCAUGCGCUCUACUCCGACCUGCAGACGCCAGGUCGGUACGGGCGCGUGAUCGUCACCACCCAAAAGGGGAGCGUGCUGGACCCGGUUCACCUUGACGACAUACUAAAGCUCCACCGGCUCAUCUACCAGAUGCAGGUCACCGUCCCGGCCACGGGCUUCAACAGCUUCAACUACUCCUUCUCGUACCUCUGCCUCCCCGACGACAAGAACGUCUGCAUCAUCGAUGACAUCAUCCGCGCCAUGGAGGAGAUCCAGUCAGCUCGCGCCGCCAACCGCUCCGUCCCCGUCCUGCGCUACCCGAUCACGCAGCUGGCCGACGGGCGGCAGGCGUACAUCGGGCACCAGCUGGGCGGUGUGCAGGGGUGGGGUCCCAGUGGUGGGGGCGGUGCUGCGCGGGGUUUGGGGAUCGGAGCGAGGAGUGAAGGCGUACGUUCGGCGCGGGCAUUGCAGCUCACUUACUACCUCCAAGCCCGCGGUGACCUGAUGGACCGCGUGGCCGGUCAGUGGGAGAAGGCCUUCUGCACGGAGCUACAGCACUUUGCAGCGCUGCAUCCAAAGCUGGGCCUUUACCCUGCCACUUCCUCGUCUCUGAGGACGGACUUCCAGUUUUCGUCGGUGCUGGCGCGCCGCCCCCUGUUGGCCAGCCUCGGGGUGUGUGGCGUGUUGGCCGUCCUCUGCUGCUCCAUGAGGGACUGCGUGAGGUCCAAACCCUGGUUGGGACUGCUGGCUCUGCUGUCAAUCACGCUGUCGGGCCUCACCGCUGCCGGCAUACUCAACCUGACCGGGGCCACGUACAACUCCACAUACCUGGGCAUCCCUUUUGUCAUGCUCGGUCACGGACUGUUCGGCUCCUUCGAGAUGCUGUCGUCGUGGCGGCGGACCCGCGAGGACCAGCACGUGAAGGAGCGCGUGGCGAGCGUCUUUGAGGAUGUCAUGCUGCGCUUCUCUGGCUCCACCAUGCUCCACUUAAUGACCCUGGGCUUAGCCGCCUCGCCGCUUACCAAUAUGGAGGCCGUCAGACUGUUCUGCCGCACCGCCGCCUUAGCCGUCACCAUCAGCUAUGUUUACACGUUGUCCUUCUACAGUUCCUGUCUCGUGUUUACGGGCUACUUAGAGACCGGAUACAGACACGGCUGCUUCUGCAGGAGAGUCCCCAAACCGGAGAGGCUGGACUCCAAACCGGCCUGGUACAGGUGUUUAAUGUACACCCGCUACCAGGACGAGACUCAAACCACCAACCCGCCGCACGGGGUCACUCACGGCCACACUCACUCGUCAAAUCCUAACCUGACGCACACGCAUGUGCACACGCACCCUCACCCUCACCCUCACCCGCAUACUGUGAACAACCCCAACUCGCACGGGCACAGCCACGUGGCCAACUCCACGCACGAACACCCGCACCCUCACACACACUCCUCGGCCAGCACGGACCCUCAUCCUCAGGACUCUCACCUUUUGCUGGGGUGUGUGAGGCGUUGCUAUGGGGACUGGAUCACAAACACUUAUGUCAAACCGUUCGUGGUUCUGCUGUAUCUGGUUUAUAUCUCGUUUGGAUUGAUGGGAUUUUUGCAGGUAUCGCAGGGUUCUGACCCUAGUGCGCUGGUUGCCAUGGAUACAAAAACAGUAUUAUACACUCGUGCCCAGCAGCGGUAUUUCAGCUCGUACUCCCCUGUCAUUGGAUUUUAUAUCUAUGAAAGUGCCCCCUACUGGAAUGCCUCAGUGCAGCGGGACCUGCUGGAAUACACCAAAGGCUUCCAAAGAAUCAGCUGGCUCGAGGCCUACCUGAACUACCUUUCGGACCGCAAUCAGUCCACCAGCCAGCCGCGGGAGAACUUCACCCGCACACUCCGCCACUUCUUCCUGCACGAGCCGCAGUUCGCCCACUUUGCGGACGACAUCAUAUUCGCUGAGCGCGGCCAGGGCGAGGAGCCCGACGUCGCCGCGUCACGGAUCUUCCUCGUGGCCAAGACGACGGAGAACAAGCGCGAGGAGAUGUCGGUGCUGCUGGACACGCUGCGGCGGCUGUCGCUGACGUCGCGCGUCCGCUUCCUAAUCUUCAACCCCUCGUUCGUCUACCUAGACCGCUACGCCGCAGCGGUUAGCUCCCCACUGAGACACUCGCUGCUGGCGGUGCUUUUCCUGCUGGGUCUGUCCUCGCUAGCCGUGGUGGAACCGCUGGUCUCCGUGUGGCUGGGCCUCACCCUGCUCUCUGUGCAGUUCGGGGUGUUGGGCUUCAUGACUUUAUGGGGCGUGGAGCUGGAUUGCAUGUCUGUGCUGUGUCUGAUCUCAGCUUUGGGAUACUCGGCAGACUGCAGCGGCCCCCUCCUCUGUGGCUUCGCCUCAGGUCGGGGCGAGAGCAGGACUCGGUGGGUGAGGGUGGCACUGGAGCGACACGGAGUUCCCUCUCUACAGACGCUCAUCUGCUAUAGCGCUGCCCUGGUGCCUGUUGGCUCCGUGCGCUCCAACCUCACACACACACUGUUCCGCUGCCUCACUCUCACCGCCGGAUGCUCAGCCCUGCACACGCUGGCAUUCCUGCCCACCCUCCUCACCUUCCUGCCACCCUCCAAAAGCCGGGGCCACCGGCCUGGAGGAGAGGGGCAGAGACAGGAGGUGGAGUGUGUUGAAAUGAACGACAGCACCAGGGUGGUCGACCAGAUCACCACUGUCUGAAAGCAUGGGUUGAAUUUGGUGUUUCCAGCCCUUUGGUCGCCAUGGAGACUGCAGGCUGGGAACCGAGCAGCCACUGCACACGGUGCAAACAAGAACUGAGGUUCCUGUGAAGAGAGGAAGAAAGGGAAAUGGGGUAGUCAGAAGUAUGGAUUGUGAUGAUUGAGAUGUAAUGGGGUUUCUAGCACAGUGUGUCCAUGGUUGCUUGUUGCUAUUGCUGUGUGGCAUGUAGAUGAUUUUAUUUUCUUCUUCCUGAGUCUGUCGAUCAGCAGUGGAGGAUCAGUCGCGAUCAGACCUGGACGUCACCGUAUGACAGAGAAAGUGCCACACUUUUCAGGUUUUUAAAACAUGCUUUAUAUCCCAAUCACAUUGUUUGGCUACUGCUAUCUAUCCACAAUAUCAAGUCGCACAAAUACAGCUAAGAUGACAUGAGGCAAUCAUGUGUAUAACUCAAGUAUUUCUACUUUAUUUCUGGGAAAAUAAAGUUAAACGAAGGGAA